AUGCCUAUUUUCCAGGACGAUCUCGAACCCGACCGCCAUCGUCAUCCCGGCCGACCGAGCCCGCUACAACGAGAACCUACGUCUUCGGUCCUGAGACGUCUUUCCGAAGAGAGCUUACCCACGGAGCUGUGUGAAGGGCCGGUCCCCAAUGAUCCAACACGACCAACGACACCGAGGAUAGACGAGGAGGCUGCCAUUUCUUGCCGAGCUGAGCUGAUUGAAAGGCUGAAGAGGGGAGAGAGCCCGACUUGGAUCCCAAACCGCCAUCUUGAGUCCAUCCUCCAACGUCGCGAUAGCCCUACUCACAUACGUACUUCGCCCGAGUCACCGAAACUCUUACCUCCGGUCCAGAUCACCCCCGAGAAAGUCGACCCUGGGACCGAGAAUGCUGUACAAGAUAGGCUGCAGGACGGCUUGAACAUCGAAAGACCAAGGUCGGCCCUUCACAGCGGGGAUUUUACACAUGACCAAGCGGAACAGGACAGACCAUCGAGUAUUCUAAACCGGCAGCGAGUCGAGAGCCAGCUGGCCUCAGAAUCAUCCUGGAUUGCAACUUCACCGCCCCGGGAUUUCACACCAUUCAACUUUGAGCGGAGGAUCCCGUUCCAGAGUGAUGCUGGCAGUUUCAGGUCUGUCACUGCGUCGCCGCUAUCGGCAUCUCUUUCGUCGAGCUUCGCCUACCACCCGCCUACGAGUCCGCUAGUACAAUCAGAAAGUAAUGAUGAGUUGGAUUUCUCCAUGGCCCCAAGGAGCCUCGAUGUGCCGUCUAGGGAGUUAAAUCGGAGACUCUCUGCACUCAACUCGGCCGGUUCGUCACCGUUUACCUCGCCUUCUCCACUGGGUGGUUCAAGGUUAUCUUUUGGCAGACGAGAUGGUUCACUGCCUUGGCAGGCCCAUCAGCCUCGAAGAUCUUUGACUUCCACUCCUACUUUCGCUUUACAUGGAACGCCCCCCCAGACAUCGGCAGUAUUCCGUGCAAGACGACCCUCUUUCGGGCCGGAUUCGUCACCAAUCCAGCAUGCAUCCAUGGUUGGCUCAUACGAAGAAAGCAUUCUACGUGGUCGAAUGUCCACAACGCCGUCAAAGCCUUUUGAUUUCACUGCUCAGAUUGGAGUUCUCGGCAAGGGGAGAUGCAAAUCCUGCCUCCGCUGUCCACCACACGUUUCGCUUCCCUUCGCUGCUGUAUACUACAGCUACAGUAAUACGGCUCAUGGUAGAUCUCGGUCUGACGAUGGGCCAAGCCCGUACGUUGGUCAGAUUGAUCUGGAAAAUGGUUUACCUAAUUCAGAAGAGGAGUCAAGGUCUAAGAGAAAAGCGCACGGACGGUAUUUGGACCGACAGCCCAUCAACAAUCAGUCUGUCGAUACCCUGAUGCCUGAUUUCGAGCUUGACCAUGAUCGACCGGGAACAUCUCGGCCAAGGCGUCGUACAGGCUCCUCAAAGGCUCCUCCAGGGGGCAGUUACCGUAUUCCGGAAAAGGGGCAGAUCCAAAUCAUCAUCAAGAACCAAAACAAAACGGCUGUCAAAUUAUUCUUGGUCCCGUAUGACUUGACUGGCAUGGAACCCGGUACCAAGACAUUUGUCCGGCAGCGUAGUUACUCUGCCGGACCUAUCAUAGACCAUAUUCCCAAUCUCAGCGAAACGGAUGCGCAGAGUCGCCCCAUGCUCAGAUAUCUUGUUCAUUUGCAUAUUUGCUGCCCUUCCAAGAGUCGAUUUUACUUGUACAAAAGUAUUCGCGUCGUAUUUGCCAACAGGGUGCCUGAAGGGAAAGAAAAGCUCCGGAAUGAAACCACAUGGCCAGAGCCCAGGUUUACACCAUAUAAACCCAUCAGAGUUAUGCAUCCACCGCUUAACAUGUCUUCCGGGCCAGGUUCCAUGUUAGUAGCAGACAAGGCCUUCCGACGCCGGAGUCUGGGAAUUACUUUCGGCGGAGCCUCGUCCCGAGCGUUCGACAUGGUCGACGGCUUUGACUCUAGUGGUGGCGGAAACACCCUGCCCAUCGAGCCCAUCCCCUUUCGGCUACCCUCUCAAGGUCGAGGAGACAGCGACACGAGCAACUCGGCCAGCAACCCAGCGGCUGGGCCACGCUCGCCGGAAUCUUCUCAAGCAAGCCGCCCAUCUACCAAGGACUCAGCAGGACUGGGUGUCUGGGAUGCUAGUGGUGACGACACUGGUUCACCGUACGAGAAGCUAAGUAGGGGAGAUUUCGGCUACGGGGGCUCCCCAUUCCUCGGCUUCUUCGGCAACGGGUCCCCGGGCGGAACAGAAGGCUUAUUAUCGCAACGACUUCGUUCGCUGGGCGUAAACAGGCCGCAGCCGCCAGAAUCAGCCGAGGACUUGGCAUGA